CUGCCUCCAAAGCCCGUGCUCUUUCCACUGAGCCACGCACACAGCUGACUUGAUAAGCUCUUAAUGCCACGACUAUUGUUAUCCCGUCCAGGAGAGAUCCUCGCCAUCCUAUCCUGCCUUUAAAACAGAUCGAGAGAUUUUAACCAGGGCUCAGUCGGCGCCCUGGAUUCCAGGUCGGCAAUGAAGAAGGCGCGGGCCGGGAGGAGGAGAUGGCCCGGGAGCCGCAAAUCCGAAACCGCCACCCGCCCAGCAGGGACGGGGGUGACGGCCGAGGCAGCUCCCGCCCGCCCGGGCCCAGAUGGGGCCGCGGUCCCGGCUGUCGGCGAGGGGGCGGGGGUUUCGGCGCCCCCGGCUCCGUUCUGCCCGACCCACCUGUUCGCUGACCCGGCCGAGGUCGGGGCCUUCCGGGCCCGCCUCCUCACGUGGUACGACGGAGCCAAGCGGGACCUGCCGUGGAGGAGGAGGGCAGCAAGUGAGCCGGACCCGGACCGGAGGGCGUAUGCAGUGUGGGUGUCGGAGAUCAUGCUGCAGCAGACGCAAGUGGCCACCGUGAUGGAUUACUACAGCCGCUGGAUGCAGAAGUGGCCGACGCUGCAGGAGCUGGCCGGCGCAUCCCUGGAGGAGGUGAACCAGGUGUGGGCUGGGCUCGGUUACUACUCCAGGGGCCGGCGGCUGCAGGAGGGAGCCCGCAAGGUGAUGGUGGAAUUGGGGGGCCACGUACCACGCACAGCAGAGGCGCUGCAGAAGCUGCUGCCGGGAGUUGGGAAGUACACAGCUGGUGCCAUCGCUUCUAUUGCCUUUGGCCAGGUGACCGGCGUGGUGGACGGGAACGUGACUCGAGUCCUGUGUCGCGUCCGGGGCAUCGGAGCUGACCCCAGCAGCCCCAUCGUCACCCGGCAGCUCUGGAGCCUGGCGCAGCGGCUAGUGGACCCUCAGCGGCCGGGAGACUUCAACCAAGCGAGCAUGGAGCUGGGAGCCACUGUAUGCACGCCCCGGGCCCCUCUCUGCCCGGAGUGUCCCGUGCGAGAACUGUGCCGGGCGCGGCAGAGGGUGGAGCGGGACCAGGCAUUGGCUUCCCGGAGGCUGUUGGGCAGCGCGAGUCUGAGGGCGACCACUGACGUUGAGGAAUGUGCUGGUGGAGCGGGGCAGUGCCCGCUCUGCCUGCCGCCCACGGAGCCCUGGAAGCGGGAGCUGGGGGUGGCCAACUUGCCCCUGAAGCCGCGCCGGCGCCCGCCCCGGGUGGAGAGGGCAGCCGUCUGCGUCCUGGAGCAGCAGCAGCAGCAGGUGGGCCCGGGGGGCAACCGCUUCCUCCUGGUGCAGAGACCCAGUUCAGGCCUGCUGGCCGGGCUCUGGGAGUUCCCCUGUGUGCCCGCGGGGCCCUCGGAACAGAAGCAGCGCCAGGCUCUGCUGCGGGAGCUGCGGGCCCGGACGGGAGGUCCCGUGCCAGCCAAGGGCCUGAAGCGCCUGGGAGAGGUGGUCCACGUCUUCUCCCACAUCCAGCUGACGUACGAGGUGUACGGCCUGGCCCUGGAGAGGCAGGCCGCGGAGCCGGCCCCGCCGGGCACCCGCUGGCUGGCUCCAGCCGACUUGCAGGGAGCGGCCGUGCCGACCGCCAUGAAGAAGGUGCUCCGGGUGUACGAGGGGCGGCGGCCUGGUGGCAACAGGGGCUCCAAGCGGCCCCCAGGGACCCCCCACCGGCAGCUCGCCCUCGACGCCUUUCUCCAGCCGCGCCCCGCCUGCCGACCGGGCGCCUAAGGGCCGGGCCACCUCCGGGGCUGAGAACCCCGCCCCGCCCUGCCCCAGUUGUUCUUCCUCCGCAGCUCUGGAC